AUAUCGUAACGUAACUUAAAAACCGCAAUAUAAUAAUAAUAUGCAAUUAUAAACAUAGGAUUAAUUACUUUCAUAAAUGUAUUAAACGUAGGCUUUCAAAAAGAAUCUUUGUUAUGGUCUGUUCACACUGAACGAUUUUGUAAUGCGACCCGUGAAUAUUCUUUUUGGAUUGUUUGUCGUUCCGCCUAUUUUAGUUCCAAGCAUAAAACAACACAAGUAUAGAUUAUAACACCAAAAACCGCAUCUUUUUCAACUUUUGCCAGUAUCCAGACAUGGACUCGGUGGGAGCAGAUUUUUUAGCUCACAUCCAGGAAGGACAGCUUUACAAAUACACCAACGUCGUCAAAGGAUGGCAACACAGAUGGUUCAUAUUGGAUCCGAGAGAAGGAACAUUGAGCUACUACUUGAGCGAAAACGACACAAAACUGCAACCUCGAGGCUAUAUAUCCUUGGAAUCUGCCGUGAUAUCGCCCAGCGACGAAGACUCUAAUACGUUCAGUGUCAACUCUUGGACGGGCGAAUGUUACAAACUCAGAGCUACAGACGCGCGUGCUAGACAAGAUUGGGUGAACCGUUUAAGAGCUACUGCAGAAUAUCAUUCACAAAAAAAUAUUCAAGCUAGCUUGAGAGAUUAUCCUAGAAUGAGCUAUGUGUCGGACUUUUGUCCAAGUGGUGUGAAAAAAUCGUUCGCCGAUGCUCGACAACAUUUGUCCCAAGCUGAAAACAGUUACAUUGACAUAGUACGAGUCAUUGAAAAAUUGCCAAGCCAAGGUACAAGACUGAAAUGUACGGAUCCGGACUUGUUAAUUAUUAAAGCCACUUCGCAGUCGAUGAUGUGUGCACUAGAAAACUGUUACAAAAUAUUACAACAUUCGAGCAUAGAACAACCGAUUGUACGGACAUAUUCGUUUUUGAAUUCAAAACCUUCUUCGUCUUCGACACACUCAAAAAGGAAACAUUAUACUCAUAGCAGCACUUGAGCACUUGAAAUUAAGCGAUUAUUAUUUCACACUGUCAUUUAUUUUUUCUUGUUGGUAAAUUAAUAGUUGUUCUUAUCUUUGAAUAGCGCUUUACUUAAUUUUUAAUUUCCUACCUUUUUUUUUAUUAUAACUGCAUGUGUUUACCUGAAUCGCUAUUUUGUUAUCAUUUUUUUUAUAAUUGAUUGAAAUUAAACUUAUCAUUGGUACUUCUAAUUAUUAAUAAUUAUUACUAUUGUACAAUUUAACUUGUAAUAGCAUUUUUAUGUAUUAAAAUUGUUGGUGAAUUAUAAUAUUUUACCAUUUACAACAUUUUGGAUUGUAGACCAUAAAUGUAGUUUAGGACUUGAAUUAGUGAUCAAAUAAUUACACUUAGCAUU